AUGUCUUCCCUUCGAUGCCCACAAUGCAGAUAUCAGGCUGGCUCUCUCCAGCACCAAAUCGGUCAGGACUUCCGCGGUCCGCACCCUAGGCUGGCCCUAGCAGCAGCAGCAACGACAGCCCCCAAUGCGGCAGACCUCACCACCUUGAUGAACUCUCCCUUUGUUGCGUCCUAUGCCUUCAACCCAUUGCAUCCUGUACGAAUUGCCGAGCUUGGGGCCUCAUCGUUGGGCUUUCCGGACGACUUUCCUAUCCUGAACGACAGUGGGAUCCAGACCCACGAGGCGCUACAUACGUAUAUGACCCGGGACAUCUCACACAACGUGGGCAUCAACCACUCCUCGCAGACCGCAAUCGAUCCCACCACGUCUCAGUGGCUUUUGGUCGCCUCGGCCGACCGCUUGACCCUGUCUGCCACCCUGGCCUUUUGGUCACUCAUCGAACAGGGGUGGAACCCAAGCCCGAAGAUGAAGAACUACUGCCUCAAGGUCCAAAGCCACCUGAUUUCUCUCCUUCAGGACUACAUUAACAGUCAGUCGGGACUGUCCACUCUCCAAAGCAUCCUCUUUGCCGCCUCAACUCAUCUCAUGUGCGUCAACAUCUUUGGCAAGGACGACUACGACCAACGUCGCAGGUUGAUGGAUGGGCUCGAACAGCUGGUCCGCGAAAACGGCGGCUUCGAAUUUCUCCGCCAGACCCUGCCGGACUCGGUCAUCCAGAACUUGCUCUGGACCGAUCUCCAAGUGGCCUACUUAAACUUGAGCGCGCCUCGCUUUCGAUCCAUGGAGCUACCCGCUAUCCCCGCGUCGAUGCGGAUCUACGACGUCGGAACCAUUGAUGCGGCUUACUGGCGGUGUUGCAGUCCCGAUGUACUUUCUAGUGUCAAACCAUUUCGUCUUCUCAUCUUGUAUCGCCAAGGGAGCGCGUUGCGACCUGCCUCCCACAGCGAGUUUCAGUAUCUGAUUGCCCUCUUUCGAUAUAUCGACGUUCAACUCGGCAUCGUCCUGGCUCGCCACCAUGACACAAUAUCUUCUUCGGAGUGCAUCUCAAUCUGCAUGGCGCUGCUCCGCAUUCGAGGCGUCACCCGGUGGAAAGAUCACGAUCGAAUAGCACAAGGACUUUUGGCUUGCCUGGAAAAUGCUUUACGCCCGGGUUUGGAGCCAUGGAUCCGAUCCGAUAGCCUACCCUGCUUGGCUUGGAUUUGCGUCGUUGCCCUCUUCAGCGGAGUUGCGGAGCAGUCGAGACAAUUCUUCCUGCAACUACUCCGACAGUGCCUGGAGAGACAAAUGGGGCCUCUUGGGCCAGAAAUCACACAUGCUUUGCCGACCUAUCUUGGUCGCUACAUAAUGCCGCUAGUAUGGCCUUGUGAAAUAGACGCCAGGCUUGCUACUCUCGGCGUACAACUUGCAAAUCUUUCGCCACAUUUGGGGGGCGGCAAAGCUUUCAUCACCACACCCACGGGAGGCGAGGGCAAGUCUUCGAGUUCCCCAACUGCUAAGAGUUCAAGUUCUACCGGGUCCCAGGCCGGAAAGACAUACAAGUUUGUUGUCGCGCAGUAUCCGGGAGGAAGCGAUUCCAAAGCGCCACGCCCCUGA